AUGGUCGUCACGAGGCAGGGCACUGUCACCUCUCCCGCAGGUCCGCCUGCAGGCGGUGCGGCUGCUGCAGCUGCAGGUGCAGCGGCGGAUGCAGCAGCAGCGGCUCCGAAGGGUCGGAGCCCGCUGAGGGCUGCAGCGCAGCAACGGGCCCCUUCAAGGAAGAAGCGUGGGGCCGCUUCGCCGGCGGCAAAAGCGGCAGCACACAGACAGGGGAGGGGGGCUGCUGCGUCUCCGGGGGCGUCUCCGCGAGCUGCUGCUGCAGGGCGGCAAGCAGCAGCAGCAACCCCUCGCGUGCACAUUGCAAGCAGAGCCGAGGUGCUACCGGGCCCCAGCACUGCAGGCCCUGGGCGAAGGUCCCCUGCAGAGCGGCCCCUGUAUAGGGGGGGGGCCCUGAAGGAGAGGCUGCAGACGGGGCCCCUCCCCUUUGUGAGGCAGAUGAGUGACAUGAGCGACAUGGAGGCAACAGAAGCAGAAAACGCAGCAGCCCUGACACCCAGAAGACGCAGAGCUGCUGCGGCAGCAGCAGAAGCAGAACAGGAACUGACGAGACAAAGCAGCAGCAGCAGCAACAGCAGCAGCAGCAGCAGCAGCAGCCGACAAGCCAGGGGGACUUCAAGGCCUGAACAGAAUGAAGCCUUAGAGGAUGCCACCGCUUUUGGCGGCCUCCGAGCCCGCCGCAGCAGCAGCAGCAGUAGCAGCAGCAGCAUCAUGAACCGCAGCAGCAGCAGCAGCAGCAGCAGCAGCAGGAGCAGCAGCAGCAGCAGCAGCAGCAUUCGUUUAUCUGAUGGGAAACUUGGCCAGCUAUUGCUGACGUAUUUUUGUUAUGCUUCUCUCUAUCUAACCCGCAAGCCCUUCGCCUCAUGCAAGAGAGAGUUUGAGUUGCAGCUGGGGCUGAGUGCUGCAGCACUGGGGGGUAUAGACAGUGUGUUUUUGUCUGCUUAUGCUGCGUCUCAGUUGCUGCUAGCCCCUGCUUUACUUGCAGCAGCAGCAGCAGUAGCAGCAGCAGCAGCAGCAGCAGCAGAAGCAGCAGCAGCAAAACAAACACUAAAACAGGAACUGCAGCAGCAACAGCAGCACUACCACACCUUCUACUGCACGUACUUCGAUGCGGGUGGCGUCUUCGGGUCUGUUGCCGUUGGGUGGCUAUCGGACAAGUAUAUGCGGGGUCGCCGUAUGUUGCUGCUGUCUCCUCUGUGUUGCUUAUCUGCUGCUGCUGUGCUGCUGCUGCACUCGUCGCUGCUGUGGGGGCCCCCAGGGGACCUAGGGUUUGCUGCUCAGGGGGCCCUGCUGCUGGCGGGUGCUGCUAUAGCAGCACCAGACUCUGUGCUUGGGGCUGCAGCAGCAGCAGAUGCAUGCACAGAAGAAGAGGCAGCAGACGAUGGCUUUGCUGCUGCUGCUGCUUGCAUCGUGAACGGGUCUGGCAGUGUGGGCUCUAUAGUGCAGGGCCUCCUCACCCCGACUCUUUUCUCUUUAUAUGGCUGGGGUGGUGUGUUUAAUUUCCUUGGGGUUAUGGCGGUCAUGGGUGGUGCUGCUCUCCUCCCCAACGCGAUCGAAGACGUAGAAGGGCCCCCCAUGUCCUUCCUUUCUGCAGAGAAAGCCUCGAGGGCCCCCCCCUCACAGGUUACGGGGGGCCCCCCCUCUGCUGCUGCCAGCUACACAGGAGUUCAGACUUUCUUACGCAUACGGCCCUCAUCCCCUGCCUCUUCUAGGGGCCCCCCAACCACUGGCUGCCUGGCCCUGUGGGCCCCUGACCCCGUACCCCUCCCGCAGCAGUCUGGUGUCCCCGGGUGGCCCCCCCCGGUGGAGGCCCCCGCUGGCGAGGGGCCCCCCAAGGAGGAGCCCCAACAGGGGGGCCCCUCCCAAGUGGGGGCGAGUGCAGAAGGGGUACUGGGGGCCCCUUUGGGGGCCCCCAUACCGUUUGCUGCUGGUCUUCAGUGCGAGGAGCAGCAGAGCUUAAAGGGCCUCCUAUCGCUUGCUGCCGGCAGAAGCCGUACUCAGACCUGUUCUAUAGAGCAGCAGGGGGGCCCCCCUAUAGACAGCAAGCCUUCACCAGCCCCUCAAACGCAUGCAACACCCCCGCUGCUGCAGCCAGCUGCUGCGGUGGUGCUGCUGGCACCCCGGGGGCCCCAAGCCCCUGCUGCUGGGGCCUCAUCCAAAACAGCAGUUAAGAGGGGUUGUGGGGCCCCCUUAGACUGUAGGGGCCCCUCUUGCAGCAGUACCCUCACGGCGGCUACCGAGGUCCCCCCCGCAGCAGCGAGUAGAGAGAGGGCCCCAGCACGCCAGCACCAGGGGUCUUUGGGGGCCCCCAAGGGGGCCCCCAAGGGGGCCCCCGGGGCCCCUGUUAGUGCCUCUGGCGUGAGGGGUACUGCUGGGCCGUUUGGGUUUUGUGGGGUGUUUGCGGAGAGCUGCCGGCAAGAGGUUUUGUUUGAUAGGGUAGGGAGACCAGCAGCAGAAGCUGUACUCAGAGGAAUCAAUGCAUGCAUUGCAGUGCACGGGGCCU